GGUUAACGUUAUAGUUAGCUUGCGUGCUAACUUCGCCUCCUGGCGUGCUGACAUUGAGGACAACAACGAUCAUCUGUGUUUGCUUUUUAAAACAAAAAGUAUAUUGCUGCUGAACCUGCUCUGACUUCCUGUUCCUGGUUCCUUCAGGAUCGUCAUCAUGGUGUCUGGAAAGCGUCUGGCUGACAUCGGCUACAAGGCUUUCUCCACCUCGAUGAUGCUGCUGACAGCCUACGGAGGCUACCUGUGCGCGAUCCGAGCUUACCGCUUCAUGGAGAAGCAAAAACAGCUGAAAGUGGCAGCAGAAAACCAGGAUCCUGAAGUCAUCAAAGACUGACGUCAGAUGUCUUUUUGCACAGAUGUGGACUUUUCCCCCAAUUCCUCCUUCCUUUUUUUUUUUUUUUUUGUGUCCAUUGCUUAAAUCAUGAAGAUGUUAAUUCUUCUCAGGACGUUUGUGUGAAUUCAUUAAAGAUAUUGUUCCCUCGAAAGGAAGAUGUUUAAAAAAACAAACAAACACCACACUAAGCAAAUUACCCAAGAUAUAUUUGCAUCAGUGGCUUAUGUAAAAAUCCAUGUUGUGAAUGACACUGUUUCAGGAGUGGAGAUGGCUGUAAUUGUUUGUUUGUAUUGUUAUUAUUAAAUGCCUUUAACCACA